AUGAGACGCCCGGCCAAGAAAGGACGUCGUGCCCAUGGGAAGGCAAAAGCGAAAGCGGCCCCGAAGGCGAAAGCUAAGGCGAGAGCAAAAGCUUUCGCCAAGGCGAAGGCAAAAGCAAAGGCAAAAGCAAAGGCAGCGAGCAAAGCAAAAGCGAAGGCAUCUGCUAAAGGUAUGGCGAAGGCAAAAGCCAGGUCAUGCAACGCAGAUGUGGCAGCAGCUGCCCCGAUGGAGCCUGCGGCUUUGGAGGAUGCUGUGGUUCCCAAGGGUCGCGGCCGAGGCCGUGGUAGAGGGCGAGCCACCGAGGAUGCUCCCAUGGAGAAUGCAGUCCAUAAGGGUCGUGGCCGAGGACGAGGGCGUGGCAGAGCAGCUGAGGAUGCGCCCAUGGAGAAUGCAGUCCCUAAGGGUCGUGGCAAAGGCAGAGCAGCUGAGGAUGCGCCAAUGGAGAAUGCAGUCCGCAAGGGUCGUGGUCGUGGCAGAGCAGCUGAUGGUCCCAUGGAGAAUGCAGUCCGUAAGGGUCGUGGCAAAGGCAGAGCAGCUGAGGAUGCAGCGCCUAAAGGUCGCGGCCGGGGCGGCAGGCGCCCUGCCGCUGAGGAUGCUCCGGAGGAGAAUGCAGUCUCCAAGGGACGUGGUCGCGCUGUGCGAGCCGUUGCGGGUGCGGGCAUGGAUGGUGCGAAUGCUCGCGAGCUCGGGUGCCCGAAGUGCCGCUAUGCGAAGAUUGGUUGCUUGAGAUGCCGUGAUCCCAACUAUGUUGGUCGUGGCAGGACCCGUUCCAAUGAGCAUGCGUGA